AAACACAUGACAUUGACAAAGAGAAUUCAAGAACCUUGUAGGAGCAGAGUUUAAUCUGUCAUUUCCAGCUAAAUACCUCAUUUUUCUUGUUCUUUCAGUGAGGAAUGGAGAUGAAGCAAGAACGAGAGUGGGCCGAAGCACAAAAGAUUGUGAUAAGCAAAGACCUUGUGGCUGCAGCUAAACAGCAGCUGCAGUUUCUAGCGGUUGUUGAUCGAAACCAGCAUCUCUAUGACGGUCCUGCUUUGUACAAGGCCAUUUAUCGGUACAAAUAUUGUUGGCUUCCCUUACUUGCCAAGUAUGCUGAAUCUGAGGUUUCAGAAGGUCCUCUCGUCGUGCCUCUUGAUUGCGAAUGGAUUUGGCAUUGUCACAGGCUCAAUCCGGUGCGUUAUGUCACUGAUUGCGCAAAUCUCUACGGAAGAAUCCUUGUGAAGCACAACAUUGUAUCCUCCGUUCAGGGAACCUGCAAAAAGAAAACAGAAGAAAUUUGGAUCAAACUAUAUCCUGAAGAGCCAUAUGAGCUCGAUAUGAGUAGCUGCCUGUCACAUGGCAGUGCCAAAAAUUAUUAUGCAACUUCCGAAAGCACAAAGUAUAAUCUAGCAUCGGCUGUCAGAAGGCAGAUUCCUUUCUUUUACCAGGUGUCGAGAUCUUACAUGAAUGACAACCUCUUUCUCGAGGGAGCUGUGGACAGAUACAAAGGGUUUUUGCAUUUGAUCAAGAGAAAUAGGGAGAGGUCUAUUACGCGCUUUUGUGUUCCAACUUAUGACAUUGACCUCAUCUGGCACUCCCACCAAUUGCAUCCUGCUUCUUACUGUAAAGAUCUUGUGGCAAUAAUGGGCAAGGUGUUAGAGCAUGAUGACACAGAUUCUGACCGAACCAAGGGUCAAAAGCUAGAUGUCGGUUUUUCUGAGACCGCCAAGCAAUGGGAAGAGAUGUUCGGUUCAAGGUACUGGAGAGCAGGAGCAAUGUACAGAGGCAGUGCUCCAUCUCCGCUCCCCACCUAUCUCAGCCAACUACAAAUACAAACAGGGAGAAAGAAGGUUGUUCAAUCUGAUCGGAACAAGAAUAUUAUUCAACUUCCAAAGACAACGUUUGUAGAGGUUAUGCUGGAAAUCGUGGCGGUCAAAGACUUACCAACCGGGCAUAAAGGCAGCCUCUUUGUCACCUUUAGUAAGAAACAGCCAGACGUGUUCUUCAAGACUGGAAAAAGGAUAAACAUUUCUUCAGAAUCAGAGCAGAAAGCGGUGUCUGUUGUUCAAUGCGAACCUGCGGGAGAGCUUGUAUUCGAGCUUAUGUCAUAUUCCCCUUCGACUCUGUCAAUGUCAAAGACUCCUAUACUGUUGGGAACUUCAUCAUUCACUUUAGAUGACCUCCUCAACCCAGUUUCUAAACUGCAAGUGGAGAAGUGGUUUGAGUUGACACCGAAUUCUGCAGGUCCGGGUUCAAAGCCCAUCAGCAUACGCAUUGCUCUCUCUUCAACUACUCCGAUUCCAUCACCAUAUGGUGGUGAAGACAAGGCAAACAGAUGUGGUGGGGGCGGUGGUAACUGUGGUAGCCAGUGUGGUGGUGAAAAUAUGGCAAAUAGUGGUGCUUGUGGUGGAUGCGGUGGUGGAUGUGGUGGUAAAAAUAUAGCAAAUAGUGGAGCUUGUGGUGGAUGCGGUGGUGGAUGCGGUAGCGGAUGCGGUGGCGGUGGUGGAGGAAAUUGUGGUGGUGGUUGUGGCGGCGGCUGCAGGAGUGCCCGGUUUGGGAUAUAAAUCAGAAAAUGGCUAGAUAUGCUAUACCUAUAUCCAAAAUAAAUCAGACGCAAACCUCAUCCUACAAGUCUACUUUCAGCCGUAAUCAAUGCAAUGUAUCAGAAAAUAAUUCAAUAAAAUUUUAUUCUCUCUA